CGGUAACGAGAUUAAAAGAGGGAGCCACCGAUACACACACACACACUCUCUUCAACCUAAGUUGAACUUUAGAAUUUAAAAUGGCGUCGCUACGUUAUACUCACGCGAUCGUCUGCCGCAUUCCUAACAGCCUGAAAACGGAAGAUUUCGAUUUAGAAGAAGCGAAAAGGCAACACGAAGAAUAUUGCCACACGUUAAGAAAUUUAGGCGUCGACGUAAUCGAGUUACCGCCCGACGAGAAUCUUCCAAAUUGCGUUUUUGUAGAAGACACGGCCAUCGUCUGCAACGGAACCGCUCUAAUUUGUCGCCUAAAUCAUCCGUCUAGACGUAAAGAGGUAGACAUUGUUCGAACAAUAAUUAGGAAAGAAUUAGAAUUACCUGUUGUUGAAAUAGCUGAUGCUAAAGCAACAAUAGAAGGUGGUGAUGUUUUAUUUACUGGGAGAGAAUUUUUUGUGGGACUUUCUUCAUAUACUAAUGAAGCUGGAGCUAGAGCUUUAGCAGCUGCAUUUCCUGAGUUUCCGGUGACACCAGUCAAAGUGUCUGGUGAAUGGAGAUUAAAGUCUUUUAUGUCUGUGGCUGGUCCAGAUAUAAUUUGUGUCAGUGCUGGACAAGAAGCUCAAGGUAUACUAAAGCGGAUAGCACGAGAAGCAACAUUUCGUUAUCAGACAGUUACAGUUCCAGAUGAUGAGGCAUCAAAUUGUUUGUUUGUCAAUGGAACAUUGAUACAUCCAGCAGAAUUUCCAGAAAGUACAAAAGUUUUUGAAGGUAAAAUAGAUUUCAGCCAUAUGACACUAAGGACUUCCGAGUUAUCAAAAGUUGGUGGCGCAUUGACACGAUGUUCCAUUCUCAUCAAGAAAUCAAAAUACAUUAAGAAAUUGUAAAAUUAAUAUGUUAUAAACAUUUUAAUAAUGAUUAUAAACAUGAAAAAUACUAAUCAUAAUAUGUGGCUUCCACUGUUUCAUAAGCACUGCCUUUAUCAAAUUUUGCCUAAAGCUAUCAAUUAAAAACUGAUCCACAAAAGCAAUGUUUUACAGGGAUGGGAUAAUGUGUGCAAUGAAAUUUUUGUUUUGCUCUCUUUAAUGUUUUACAUAUAUGCAUUUAGUAUUUUGUCGUAUUAUAAUUAAUAGAAUUAUUUUGUAUAUUAAUCAGAAUAUCACAAAUUCUAUAUCUACGUGAUUUUAAACUAAUUAGUAUCAUCUCAAUUAUAAAUUAUUUUAAAAAUUAUAUACAGCAUUUUUAAAUUUUUAAUUACGAAUAUUAACUGAAAUGUUAAGAACUGAAUUUACAUUAUUCUUCUUAUCUUUUUUGUUACUUUUAAUUCCAAAAUGUUUAAAUGAAAACAAAGCUCUGGAUUCUGUUUGAUUGUUGAUAUUAUACAUUUUGUAGUUUGCUGCCAUUAUAUUAUCAUCUACAAAAAAUAUCAACAAACAUUUACUAAUAUAACUUGCAACAAAAUAUAGUGUAGCUAUUCCUAACAGGUUUACCUCAUAUCUAGUAGGACUUAUUAAAUUAAUUAAAAGUUAGUUAAUCAAAAAUUUGUCUUGUUAACUGCACAAAAUUUGAGUUGAAAUUGUCAAGUAUCUGAUCAUUUACCUAAUUUUUUUUCUAAUUAGUUUUGUAAAAUUUUAUUGAUAAUUUUGAAAAAGUAUUCUUAUUAUUAUACAGUAGAAUCCCAAUUAUCUAAGGUAUCAUAGACUGCAAGAGUAUCUGGAAUAAUUAAACUUUGUUAACAUAGAAUGUUUGGUACAGAGUAAUUGAAAAAUGAUAGUUUUAUGUAGAUUACAAUUAAUGUGAAUUUUUUUAAAAAGAAAUUUUGUUUUAUCACCAGAGUAAAUUUUUUAAAAAGAUCCCCUUUCACGUAUUGCACAUUCCCCAACCAAGCAUUUAUGAUACAGAUUGUCAACAGAAUGUAGUAUAGUACAAAAAUACUCUUCCACAAUUCACCUUUGUUAAUUGGGACUAUACUGUAUUUUUAUGGAUAUGCUAUUAAGUAGUUUAUCUUUAUUUUAACUUUUUUUUACAAUAAUAAAAUCUUAUGUUUUUAUUCAUUUGGUUGUAGCAUUCCAAUAUAUUUUGCUAUUGUUGAUUGUUAACUAUAAAUUAUUUUUGAAUACAUAUGACUGUUAUUCCAUCAUUCUUCCAAAGGCUAUUUGAAAUUAUUAAUUCAUGUGCCUUUUUACUGGGACCGAACUAAAAAUCAUCAAACCAUUAUCAAAAAAAAAGUAUUAUAACAAUGUCUUCUAGUUAUUUACAAUUAUUCCAUAUUACAAAAUUAACAUAGACUAUCAAAUUACAAAUGAACAGCAAGAAAUGAAAAGUCUCUGCAGUGCUUCUUCCAACAAAUAUUUUAUUGCUUGAUCAAUUAAGGAAUGACAGCACUGUGUUGCCUUGUGCUUUCCUUAGUUUUAUUAUUAUCUGUUUUAAUAUUUUCCAUGUGUCUGUUCAGAAAAUUAAUUUGUAAAGUUGACACAUGUAAAUGUCAUUUUUUUUUGUGCAUGUUCUGGUGUAAAUGAUUCUUGUUCAUUUUUCAUUGUAGCAAGUUUGUGAUGCUCCUAUUAAUUAAACAUGACAUAUAAUGUCAUUUAUAUAUAUAAAUAUUUGUCUAUGUAUUGUAUAUACUGUAUAUGCACAUUAUGUAAAGGCAAGAAAUAAGUCUGUAAGUAUUAAUAAGAAAAUAUAAAGAUAUAUUAUCAGAAUGGAAUGCAAUCAUAUAGCACUAUAUGCUUGAUACAGUGCUUAACUAACCUGUAUUUUCCUUAAGACAUGCAGAAAAUAAAAUAAUAGAAUAACUAUAAAUAUACUAACAUUCCAAUAUCAAAAGUCAUAAUAAAAAUAUGUAUAAUAUGACAAAGUGGAUGAUGAAAAUCAUCAUAAUUUAAAACUAAGCAUCCAUUUGUUAUGUUAAAGACAUUAAAUAUAUAUGAAUAUAAUAAUCAAAACUGUUUUAUUAUUUUCAUGAAUAAUAAGCUCUGUUUCUAAAUAAUACAGUAUAAGAUAAACUUUUAGGUGUUUACAAGUAAAAAAUAAAAGAAAAUUCAAAAAUUUCUUGUGAUAUUUUCAUUGAUAUUUUGACUACAAAACUAUUGCUCAGUAAAAUGCUUGUGUAUUGCUAAUUAACUAGCCAUAUUUGUUAUAACACAUUUCUAUUUAUCUUUUUUCCAUUAUUGUUCUAUCAAGCAGGUGCUGUAGUUUCUAAAUGAUCCAUGAGAAAUAUCUAUUAUUUCACAAGUUUGUUUUUAUUAAGGGUUGUAUAGUAUCAAUAAGAGUUUAGGAAGUAUUAUUAAUAAUGUGCAUUAUUUUUUUGAUAGCUUGUGCUUUUUGUUACAGACAUUUGCCACAGUUCCUGAGUUAUUACAAAUAUUAAAAUAACUAUUGCAAAAUUAGAUGCAUAUAAUGCAUCUCUGGAUAGCUGGUGUUUGCAUUAUGCGUCAUCUUUUGCAGUGGUUGAUAAAAAUUACAGCAUAAAUUAUAUUUCUAAUAUUUAUUAUUCGAUACUUUCCCUUUUUUUUAAUCAAUUAUUAUAUAAAAUGCAUUACACUAGAAUUGAUAGAGUAUUUUCAGCAAUUUUUUGAGACAUUCUUGUUAGUUAAAUGUUAGUUAAAUGCAUUGUAGGUGUUAUUUUAUACAUUUGGCUAAAAAUUUAUUAUAUGUGAAUAUAGCAUUACAGAAUUAAUUAGGCUUUACUUUUGUCAAGGAUAUCUUUAAUUAACAAUAGAAAUAUUCACUAUAAAUUUUAGUUUUUUUGAUAGAUUUAUUCUGUCAAAAUAUGCCGUAAGUUUCUAAAAUCUGUUAUGAUGUUGAUAAAAAUAAAAUGAGACAUCACGAAUAAUUUUGUGUAAAAUAUAGUCUGAUGCAUUCAAGCAUAAUUACUUUAUCUAAACUGUCAAUUGUUUCUUGCACUACAUAUCCUAUGAUUUUUAUAUAUACUAAUUAUUACUGAUUAUUUUACAUUACAGAAAAUAUAUGAAUUAUUCUAAUGUUAUUAGAAUUAAUGAAUGACAGUCUAGAAUUUGGAUCAAUAACAUUAAUAAAUAAAUUCAAAAAUUCGUGCUUGAUAGCAUCUUAAUCAUUGUUUAAAAUUAUAUUUCUAUAAAAUGAUAAAUAAUAAUGAUUUACAGAGAUUUGAUAGUUAUUAUCAUCUGAGGUCAUAAAAUAAUAUUGUUAAAUCAGAGAACUUGUGAUACAGUUAAUUAAAUUUAAAAAUUUUUGAUGCAAAUUGUUAAUAAUAAAUUAUAUAGGCCAAUCUUACUUAAACUGAUUUUUCAGCAAAAAAUUUAGUCACGAAAAUUGUUUCAGUAUUGUUUAAGCAUAAAAUUUCUAUAAUUUCAUAUUAGACUAGAUUGAUUCUACAACUAUGAAAGCUCAAGAAGUUCUUUUUUAUUCGUUGUAAUAGUUUUUCAAAAAGUAGUUAAGAAAUUAAUUAAUUAACCAGAAACUAGUCAUUAAAUUCCGAUUAGUAUGUUAACCGAGAAAAGUUAUCAUUUCUAAAUCCAACGUAUUUUGUAAGAACUUAAACUCAACCCUAAGUUAUUAAUUUUAAAAAUUUUGUAAACAGUAUUAUGACUUUUUAGAUUUACUUUGUAAAUCAGUCCAAUUCUUCCUAUAUUUGAUUGUUCUAAAUUUGUCUGCUCAUGUUGAAUUUGUAGUCAAAUUUCUUACUUUGAAUGUAAUGUUGUGUUAAUAUAGUAGUGGAAUUGUAGAAAAUGUGUGUAAAUUUUUUUAAAAGUUUUUUUUCGUCAUUUACAAUUUUGCUCAUUAUUCAGAUUAAUAAACGGAAUUAGAUUGUAACAUUACGCUAACAUUAUUAGCAUUGUCAUAAAUAUUAAUUUGUGAUCAUAUUUUUUUGAUAAAUAGGGACAAAGAUGACAUAUUUGGCUGUUUGUAGUACAGAAUUUGAAUAUUAUAUCUUAUAAUAUUUGCUCAUAUUUGAUUGCCUUCUUGUCCUUGUAGAUUAUUGAAGCUGAUGUUAUAGUUUUCUAUUGUCUCAAUAUCUGCAUCAAGAAUCUACCAGUUAUAACAGGUAAGAAGGGAAGCAAAUGUGGACAAAUCUUAUACCAUAUGUCAUCUUUGUUUCUAAUUUUGGCUGCAUAUUUCAUCAAUCAAUAAGUGCAUGUGUUUUAGUUUGUUGCUAGAUUUGUGACCAUAACUUCUGCAGAAUGAGUUAUAAAAUGUUUUAAUAAUAAAGAUAGGGUAAGUAUAUAUAUAUCCAUUCAUUAUUCAUUAAAAAGUUGAUUGAGGUUAUAUAAUUCUUGUUAUUUGUAUGGAUAGCAUCUGUUCUGAUUUAGGGUAUCUCAGCACAGAUAACAUCAGAUAUAUUUGAACAAAUGAAGUCUUUUUAUUAAUCUUAACUAAUAGGAUUUAUAUGCAGCAUUAAUGAUGUUAAUUCUUUAUUGAUGCUAUUGAUUUUAUAUAUAUAAAUUUGUGGUUGAUGUUAACUGUAUUUAUAUCUUUAUAGUUAUCAAAUUAUUUUUCACCCAUAAGCAAAUUAGAUUUUUGCAGAAGAAAUAUUUUUUCACCAGUUUGUACAUUCGUUACUGAGUAGCCACCGAGAAUGCAUUUUAUGAGCAUAAUUUUUUUUUUAUUCUCUCAAUUUUUUUUAAUAGAAAAAAUGAUACAUUUAUGAUUUAUUAAAGGGGAGAGUCAACCAAAUAUGUCAUUGUUAAUUUUAUUAAAAUGCACUUUUUAAGUAAGUAUUGGUUAUUUAGAAUAAUGUAUGUAUAAGGCUCUCCCUUCCCUGGUUUAGUAAAUUGAUACUUUGAACCAAUUAAAUAUAUCUUUCUUGCACUUAAAACUACUCUCAAUCUAAUAUAAUGUAUAUUAAGAAAUGAAAUGUGAAAUUCUUGUAUUCUUUUGUACUUUGUGUAUUUAAUAAAAUUAAAGUCUCAAAUAAUUUUUAUAUUAAUUUC